AUGAUCCCUGCAUCGGUUCCUGCUGCACAGCCACUGCCGCAGACGGCGGCUGAUAUCCCGCAGCGCUCGUACGUGCCGCUUAAGGACCCCAAGACAGGCAUGGACUCGACGAACGCCCAGUGCGCUCGCUGCCACAAGGGGCUUUUUGAAAAGGACAUCGUCAAGCAGCCACAAUGCGGACACUUGUUCCAUGGACACUGUAUUGACAACCACCUUCGCACUGAGAUCUACUGCCCAGUGUGCCGCAUGCAAGUGCUGUUCCCGCCCAUGGCUGCUACGGUUGUGCACGACGGCCGAGCGGCAGGCUCUGUUUACCCGUCAGGUCAGCUGCCUCCACGUGCGGUGCCCGUGGCGACGGCUUUCGUGCCUGCGGAUGGGACAGACUCGCGCAACUACGCGCCGUGCAGGGAAUGUGGACAGACGUUCUACCGUGACCCUGCCAAGGUUCGCCCAGAGACCAACGGUUGGUACCGCUGCCCACGCUGCGCACAAACAGACAUCGUCGAUUUCAUUCGCGGCAGCUGCGUAGUGCAGUGA